CCGUAAUGUAGGUGGAUUUUAUUUCUGAAUAAACGCCCCUUUAUCUGUCAAUUUAAUAGCCAACAGAGUGUGUCUUGGGUUUCUGAACAAAGGUGUUUUGACUAAUCUUCUGUGAAUGGGCUAGUAUGUACUCAUAUUUACUUAUAAAUAAAACACAACACGAGUGAUAAGUUAAUCAAGCAAUAUGGAUAACACCCUGAUGUUAGCGGAUUUGAUUGAGCUUGCUGGAAGGUUGAGGCAAGAACGUCUUUUCAUCUUGUCUGAACAACUACACCUGCAAGAGCUCAAUGAAAAGGUUGUGUUGACAUCGUCACGGCUCGCGCAGCUGGCGUGGGUUGUGUUCCAACAACGUGUCAACCUCAACCGACUUGUCCUGUCUCGGCCGGACUGCUCGCCAGCCAUGUGUUGUCAGCGCGCUCACGCCCUCGAAUCUGCACAGUUUGUCGACGCUCACAAAAUAUUGGGAUUUCAGGAGACAGCUUUGUACGGAGAGUUUUUGAAGUGUCUACGAUCUUCCCCCGACCUGCUCGCCUCGUCCCUGGUGGCCGGAGAGAGACUCUUGCCAGAGACUAUGGGGCAGAUAAUCAACUCCCUUGUGUCAGGACUGUUUGGAAGUUGUCUCCUUCCAGAAGACAAAGUAAUCGUCCUUCGUCUCUUGAAAAAUCUUACUGAGCUACAGCUGGUUCCUUCAGAUGACCCGAGAAGAUUGCUGCGUCAUGGAUCUUGUACAUUUGCAAGGCUGUAUUCAGCGUUCCACGAGGGUCUGUUCUCGGCCAAGUUGUUCUUGACUGCAGCUCUUCACUCCCCUAUCAUGCAACUGCUGAUGGAGGAUGAACAGUUUCUAGACAUUGAUCCAGACAAAGCAGCUAUCAGGUUCCCCCCGAGCGAGAGAUUAAAGAAAUUUGGAAAAGAAGGAACUCAAGAAUACAAGAUAAAUUUACAAAGCUAUAGAAACUGGACGAUUCAGUCUUUGGUGACGAUCACAAAACGCUUCAUAGUCAGUCUGCAGGAAAAUCUACAUUGCUUCCCUACUAGUGUGUCGUGGCUUGUACGACAGAUAUUCUGUCUUCUCACGAAGUCAAACAUCAUACAAGAAAAAGAGGUGUUUGCAAUCACGACCGACUUGGUGUUGACACACUUCAUCUGCCCGGCGAUCGUCAACCCUGAGCCCUACGGCAUCACAGACGCUCCUAUCAGCUACAUCGCUAGGUUCAACCUCAUCCAGGUAGCUCAAAUACUGCAGAUGUUAGCCAUGCGCAGAUAUGAAGGAGUCGAUCCAAAAGUCGAAGAUUUGUACUCGCAAUUCGACAAGGACAGUGUAUCUUCCAUGCUGGACGCCAUGUUAGAGGGUAACAACCUAAGUGAGGACCCGUCAGUGGGCGAUGUCAAAGUUCAAGGACUCACUCGCAACGCUGCGUUGCUGACUGAGGCAGAGUUGAAGAAUCUUAUAUCCUUUUUCCAAACAGUAGCCAAUGACCAGUCUAGCAGUUCCAACAAAGCCCACCAGAAGGAGUUGCUGAGUCUGAUUUCUCCAUUGCCGCCCCAGACUGCUAACGGACACACCAAGACAGUCAAGAGGCAGCCUUCCAGUAGCAAAGGUACAAAAGCCCGCAACAGCAUAAGUUUAAAUGAAAAUGAACAUCUUGAGGAUGAAGAGCGAUCUACUAAGCCAGUUCUUGUGUUGCCGUUUGAUAUCAACUCUGAACCUAUUGUGGGAUUGCUGUCUGAGCAGAAGGUGUUGGCAGGAGAUCUGACUUCAGGAGAAUGUGAUGUCCUCAUUACUGAUGUUGAUCACACGGACAGUCAGGAGAAACGGACAAGGUUCUCAUUGUCACACGAUGAUGGCUCUAUUGGCAACACCAGUGACAAUCUGGAGGCAGUGUCCGAGGCAGCAUCCAACCACAGCGUUGCCUCGUCACUAGAGCUGGAGCAGGAAGAUCAGAACGACAACUUGUCGGACAUGGUUUCUGCCAACGUCUCCGGCCGCGGCUCUCCUAACAUAUCAGGUAGAGACACACCUUCAUCGCAGAUGACAGAAGGCGACGGAGGAGCAGAAGAGCCUAGACAACCGCUGGAGUUUGUACCUCCCCCCACCACUGCCAAGCAGAGUCGCUUUGACCUGGACGACAAAUUCGGCAAAUUCCAAAUAAAAAAGCUCAUGGAAGGUGGAGAUGAGACAGUCUCCCUAGUCAGUGACACUUGGAGUACGGAUGUGUUGGCUAGUGACAGUGAGACUAUAGAACAGCCCCCACCUCCAGAUCCCCCUGUGCAGACACUGCCUGGACCACAGCUGCUGGAUGUGUCGGAGACCGCCAGUGAGGCGUGGAGCACCGACGUUGUUGCGUCUGACUCCGAACGUCUCACGGAGGUGGACACUGACGAUACAGCAAGUGUGGCCAGGUCAGACGAUACUGCACGGUCGGAAGUUGAAAGCAGAGGUGACUCGGAAGUGGUGGAAGAAAUACCUACAGGCCCAAUCUUCCGUCAAAUACCACCUGUGUCUCCCAGUAAGGUGGAGGUUCCUCAUCCUGUGUGGAAUGUGACAGGCAAGGGAGGGGGGAAGGCUGACUACAGACGACGCACCGUGGAAUACGUCGACUCCAACCUGCACUCAUACAAGCAAGGACCACCUAAUGAAGGUGCGUCGUCAGACAAGCCGCCAGAGCUGAAGCCAGCGUUGGUUGCGUCGACACACGCCAUUGUCAACACUCUGGGACCUCGGACACCACAGGCUCAGUCGCAGUCGCAGUCACAGUCACAAUCUCAGACACAGUCGCAUUCAAGGGGUGGGCAGUUCAAGGUGGCUCACACUGCCAGCCAAGAGGUGUCUGUGGAGGAGGUAGACGCGGCCACCAACGCUGCAACUGUAUGUCUAAGCACAGUUAGUCUUGCGUCAACUAGCAGCAGCGGCAGCAGCUCAGAGCCUAGGCACAAAACACCAGAGUUGUGUUCGCCAGCCACUCCGCUGGUGUUGAAUGGCUCCGUUGUGAUGAUGGAGACUCCGCCAAGCUCCGUUGCCAAACCACUAGUCUCCACUGGAGCCAUACCUAAAAGCAUCAGCUUCGACAAGACUGCUGAGCGAGGAGAUAAGGAAUCUCUCGAUGAAGAUGGGAAGCAAAAAAGAAGGUUUUUCAGAAACUUUAAACUUCCGUUUACAAACAGACGAGGAAGUAGAAGGGAGGACAUGUCAAGGUAUGAAGGAGAAGGAGAUGUAGUAAGAUUACGCAGAGGUCAUUCAGAGGACAGCCAUCCACACUGUAAUGACACUUCAGACGACAUACUGGCCAAGUACCGUCGGAAAGUGAGUGUGGGCGAGGAGGCCAAGGCGAAGGCCAAGGAUAGAGAGGCGGAGAGUGAGGCGAGAGACGCAAGUGAUGACGAACGUCUCACGAUCGACCCCAGCCACGUGGAGGCCUCGUAUGCCUUCAGAGACGCCAAGAAGAAACUACGGCUAGUAUUGAGCACUGCGGACCUGCAACAAGUACCCGAUGGCAUGCCCUCCAUGAAAAACGCAUGGAGCCAGAAAGAAAAUGAAUUGGUCGCAUUCCUACAGCUUCAGCUGGCUGAGGCUAUUAAUCUGCAAGACCGAGCUUUGAUUGCUCAUCUUCACGAGACUCUGAGAUGUGUUAGGCUGUUUGACAGCCAAGGAUGCAGAAAGUUAUUUGAAUCCCUCAAAGAAGACUUCAAAAGUCGAUCGCCAUAUGUUGCCUACUUAGUAAAAUGUCGCCAAUCGCUUUUGUCUACUCUGGCCCAUUUGGACAGAUUAACAGAACGGCUGAAGAACGACAAGACAGUUAGCAGUGCCUUCUUGAUCGCGGUUUGUGUAAGGAUUUUCCUGGAAAAGAGAGAAGCCAUGUUGGAUCAGUUCACCGCAGAGUUUCAACAGCUGACUUUGGCAGACGAGAAGAAUGACUUGUUGGACAGCUUUCUACAAACGCUGACAGCGGAAAUGGACAGAGACUCUCUGUGGCAAGCGGCCAGUGAGAGUCAGCUGAACCAAGGCAGGUUGGCCGUAGAGAGGGCAGUCAUCAGCAGGGUGUACGUUUACGCUAUGUAUCCCAACGGUGACGGCGACGUCUCCAGAGACCAGGUCCUCCAUGAUCAUAUGAAUAAACUGUCUAAAGUGAUAACUCCAAACCACAAGGACCUCCGAAUUCCAAAGAUAUUCCACUAUGAGUGUCCGUGGCCAUCCGCGCAGGCCGAGAUAGCCAUAAUAUCUGCAUACAAGACGCCGCGUGACAAGCUGCAGUGUGUUUUCCGCUGCGCUACCACCGUCAUGAACCUAUUGUCGCUCGCGUGUGACCGAGGCGCACCUGCAGCCGAUGACCUGGUGCCAGUCAUGGUUUAUGUUCUUAUCAAGGCCAAUCCACCGUCCCUUUUGUCCACUGUACAGUACGUGACGAGCUUCUACGCCAACAGACUACAGGGUGAGGAGCAUUACUGGUGGGUGCAGUUUUGUUCUGCCAUCGAGUUCAUCAAGACCAUGGACUACACCAGCGACUGAGAUUUGCAAGGAGUUAGCACACCAACGGAUUGCUACUUAUAAGUCGUGCCUGAACUCUAGUUGUUAUGUGUUACGUUUAUUUUAUGUACAUUGUUGUUGAAAUAUUUGAUUAAAAUAUAUUUAGUGUAAAUCAGUUAUUUAUAUUGUAGUAAAGUAUUUUAUUGUUUGUUUAUAAACUUAUUUUUAACCUCUAUCUUUUCCACUAAGCCAAAUAGGUAUUAGAUUUAUAAUUUGCUGAUGUAUAUACAAAUAUUUUACAAUUCAACUUUUUUUUCAAUUUGAAGAUUUGUUGAAUUUGUUUUGUUGAUUAGGGAUUAUUGGGUUGUUAAUGAUUUACAUAGAGAUGAAUUUAUGGAACACCCAGUUAUAUAAUAAAAGAUAUUUUACUACAA